GUGUGUCGUCCGAAGAACCCGGCUCUUCCUCGGGCCUGGAACACCAGCCUGGUGAUUAAUGUAUACUUCCCACCCCAGCAUCCAGUAAUCCAGGGCCUGGACAGAGAAGGCCUGGUGAAGAGGGGGACCAUGUUGAAGCUGGUUUGUGUGUCCCAGGGAGGGAAUCCACUGGCCACCCUACACUGGACCAAGAAUGGGGAGGUGAUUUCCACCAGCUGGGAGGUGGACACAGAGUCACGACGGGCCAUUAGCUACCUGACCCUGCAGGUUAAACCACAGGACAACCAGGCCGAGCUGCGCUGUGAAAGCGUCAACCAGGUGACCCCUGUCCCUCUGUCCGACAGCCUCAAGAUCACUGUCCUCUUUGAGCCAAAGAAGGUGAUGGUGCAGGGGUCGUUCGAGGCGAGAGAGGGGGAGGAGGUGACCCUGUGCUGGACCAGGCACAAUGGAGACCACGGGGGGAAGAGAACCAUGUCUAACCUGACCCAUGUUGUCUCUCGGGAGGAGAACGGGCUGCCCCUCACCUGUGAGACCUUCAACAAGGGCACAUGCUUCUCCAAGAGCCAGUCCACCAACCUCAUUGUUUUCUACCCUCCUCAGAAGGUGUGGAUAGAAGCCCCUCCCCCAGAGGUUCCUCUGAGCUCAGGGACCAUCACCUUCAUCUGCUUCUCUAGUGGGGGAAGCCCCAAAGGAACCCUCAACUGGUACAAGGAUGGUAAGGUUUUAUUAGACUACCCCAAACAGGUGCUCUCUGAUAAAGGCGUGUCCAAAGAACUGGUUUUGCGCCUCCAGCCAAGUGACAACAUGGCUACCUACCACUGUAAUGCCACCAAUAAGGCCUAGAUGGUCCUCAACGCCUCUGUCAAACUCAUGGUCCAGUUCCCUGCAGUGAGUGUGACAAUCAUAGCCAAGCAGAAAGAGCUGCGUCGGGACCAAAACAUCAGUCUGGACUGCCUGUCUGGGAGCAGCAACCCCCAGGCCAACAUCUCCUGGAGCCUGCGCCCAACCAGACUGAAAGGAGUGGAUCAGGCUCCUAGGAACACAACAUUUGGCGAUGUGCCAGUAAGCAGUACUUUGUCCCUCCCCCUGUCCUCCCAGCACCAUGGCCAGAGGAUCACCUGUCAGGCCUACAGCUCUCUGCUGUCUGAGGGAGUCAACACCUUUUACAAGCUCAAUGUCCUCUAUCCCCCAGAGUUCAGCCCUGAACAUCCCCAGAAGAUACAGGUAGUGGAAGAUGAGACAGCCAUCCUUCCCUUGCUGGUCUCGGCCAAUCCAGAUGACGUCUCCUGCAGUUGGCUUUACCGCAAGGAGCUGCACAAAGAAGGAUACUCGGUACCACUUUAUGAGAGCACAGAGUUUGAGAUCUGGAAUGUGACAAGGAAAGACACCGGGGUCUACACCGUGAACUGUACCAACGAGGUGGGGUCUGACAAUACCACCAUCACUCUGGACGUACAGUAUGUCCCUAGUGUGAAGAUGGAGGAGGGCCCAGUGUAUGUGCACAUUGGGGAGACAGCAGACCUGUUUUGUGUAGCAGAUGCUAACCCCAUCAUCAACACUGACAUGUUCUCCUGGAAAUGGCUGGGCGAGGGGGAGAUGGAGGAGAUGGGGGAGCAGAGCCAGGAUGAGGCCACUGGGCAGCUGACCAUCCAAGGGGCGACUCGGGCCAACGCCGGUCGCUACCUGUGCACUGCCAACAACACCAUAGUGCCCCCUGCCAGCGUGGCAGUCCAGCUGGUGGUGCGCUGUGGGUCUAACGAGCUCUACCAAGAUCUAUCAAUCAUCGUGUCUAAAAUGUCGUGUGAAUACAUCAUGGUUAAGCCAGAGCUCCAGAAGGGGGGAGCACCAGAACAGUUGAGGUGGUGUGCCAGGGAGAGGGUACCAGAGAAGACAGUUAGGGAGGGCUCAUUACACACCAGCACGGUAACCGUGGUGAACGUGAGUGCAGCGCUGGACUACGCAGUAUUCACCUGCACUGCUCGCAACACUCUGGGAGAAGACACACUCAACAUCCAACUGCUCAGCACCAAUCAACCACAUCCUCCAUCCUUCCGCCUGGUCAGCUUCACCCAUGCUUCUGCAACUCUAGAAUGGAUCCCAGGCUUCGAUGGGGUCUUGGAGCAGAGAUUCCAUGUCAGCUACCGUUGGGCUGACUCGAGUUUCCUCUACGUGGAUGUGUUCCCUCCGAGAGCAAACAUCUUCAUUGUGACAGGCCUGUCCCCCGCCACUACAUACAACUUUUCUGUCAACGCACUCAACUCCAUGGGAGAGAGCGGCUACGCAGACAACAACUCAGUACUCACCAUCACCACCGAGGAGUGGGAAGGAACAGUCCAGGAAGAGGAUCCCUUAGGGGAGGUCUUCUAUCAAUGA